UGAAUGACAAUUAAGAUCCUGGAUGAAUGCUGAUGAACUGUUGGAGGUUUAUUUGUUCCAUUGACUUGUAUUUUAACACUUAACUACGCUGUGAUACCGUACCUGUCGGGAUCACGUGGAAUAAAUGCAACAGUCAAAACAUGGCUUUGACUGAGUUGAAUGCCGUAGCCACCAGAGGCGCCUCGGAGGCUGCCUCCUCUGGUAGUUAAAUAAUUGCUGGAGUUAUCGAUCACGAGUUGGUGGUCGGUAAUUCCGCAACAGUAUGCAAGACUUUUUUUGAUUAAUCCAAAAGAGAGAAGAAACUCGUUGUCCUAUUGAUAGUCAACAUUUAGAGGAGGGAAAAGAUAUUUUUAGAGAUCGUUAUACAAGCAGAGAAAUAUCUCAAGAACGAAUACAUUGCCCUCACAAAAAUCGGGGUUGCUCUGUGCUCUUAUCUCCAUUAAAAUUACAAUCACAUACAAUGGAAUGUGUUUUCAAAGAUGGUGUGCAAGAAAAUCAUGCUUAUCAUUAUAAUAUUGAUGGUCAUGUAGAUAAUACCGUUGAUGGGAAAUAUAAUUGUAGUACAUUUACUGAUGGUGAUAUCAAUAAUUGCUCAUUAGAGAAUGCUAGAUCUUCAUUACUUCAAGUUAACGCAAAUGAAAAAUAUGAAGCUUUCACAAAAUCAGCUUUAUCAGACAGUUCUCAGAGCCUUGAGGUUGACUUCGAAAAAAUUACAGAUUGGAAAAAAUUAAUUAAAAAUCUUUAUGAGAGAAUCGUCACAUUGGAACAAUUGAAUCAAGAAUUGCACAUUACUAUCACAAAUCAGUGUGCUGACAUAGAAUCUCUUCAAAAAAAUAUAAAUUUAAAAGAAUUUUACUCGAGGAAUUGUAGUGGAAUGUAUAUUUGGAAAAUCAUUUCAUUUGAAAAAAAAUUGAACGAGAUGAAAUUAAAUUCAUCCACGAUGUUUUACAGUCCAGAAUUUUUUACUCAUCCUAAUGGAUAUAAAAUGUGUGCUCGAAUUAAUAUUUCAUCAAAAAAUUCUCAAUUUUUAUCAAUUGUUAUACACAUGAUGCAAUCUGAAAACGAUAAUUACCUAGAUUGGCCAUUUAAUGGGACAAUAUCAUUUAUUCUAAUUCAUCAGAAGGAUUCCAAAAAAUCAAUCCGUGAAGAAACUCAUACAAAACCUAAUGUAGAAGCAUUCAAAAAGCCGGUUGGAGAAAUAAACAGAAGGAGCUUUGGCUAUACCGAAUUUGUUUCUCUCGACGACUUAUCAAAUUAUUUGUUUGAUAAUUCGUUAGUGUUCAGAAUAGAAGUGACAAAAACUAAGAUUCCAAUGACAUAAUAAUUUCAAAAUUUGUUUGUUUUUAGAUUAUCUAAGAUCUUUACUGAAAGCUUUUCUAUAAAAUAUUUUAAAUAAUCACAAUCAAAAAUGGUGUUCCACACAUAUAAUUGUAAAUUGUAAAUUAUUAUUCGUACAUUAAUAAGUAAAUUUCGGGUAUUUCUUAUCCGAUGGGGAAGUCACGAAUGUUUGAUAUGUUCCAACACCUUGAGUAAAAUAAAAUUAUACCUGUAAUAGUAUAGUUGUAACUUAUAUUUUAAGCUAUAGCAUUUACUACAUGAAAUAAAUAUAUAUAUGUUAUUCGGACGUUACCCUGAUUAAGAAAUCUUAUUUGAAAUGAUUUAAA